AUGCUGACAGUAUCAUUACAAACAGAACUCUUUCUUGCUUGUGCCUUCUUAGCCUCUGCAGCAGGAGGUACAAGUAAGAUGACAACGACUGUGACCAAUGUUUCCAUAUCACUUGUAUUUUUCGCACUUUUUUCAUGGAUUGCCUAUUGGUUUCGAUUGGUGCUUUAUGUGAAAGCAAAAACGACAAAACCUGCCAUAGCCUUUUAUGUUUUUCUUUCAAUGCUGUCCAUUGCUGUUGGCAUUCUUGUUCCUACAAUAGUGACGUCUCAACAAUCAUUGCAACAAGUGAUCGAAUUCUUUACGUACUACCUUUUGGCACUCUCUUUGCUGACUUUGAUUUUAUUUGUGGUCUGCUCGGUGUGGAUUUAUUGGGCCAUGAAAAAGGUGUCUGAUGUCAAUAUGUUGAACACAUCCUUCGUAAGAUUUGUCAUUUAUUCCUCAAUUUCAAUCCUCAUUUUCUCCACUGCCUAUUUGAUUAUUACUCAAGUUUCUAAUGGAUUUUUCAUUGCAAUCAUUUCUGGCAUAUUUAGUGUGGUUAUUCAUGUGACCUUGGCCUCUAUCACUUUAGGACUCACUUACAUGGAAUUUGACAAGGAAGAUUUUAUGAAAUUUUAUUCUUGUUGUUUCAAAUCGACAAAAUCGACAGGUCACCAAUCAACAUUUGUCGCCAACAACACCUCUGUCAACAAUAGGACCACCACAAAUGAAUCACAACAAUUAAUGAAUUCAAACGAAGAUGUUGUUGGGGGUUUCGCUAAGCCAAUCACGUAUUAUUCCAAAAUGGACGAAUAG